CCUGGGCGGGCGCUGCGGGCUCGGCGCUGCUGCCGGACUCGCCAUGGCUGGGGCCGCCGGGCUGCUGCUGGCUCUGGCCUGGCUGGUGCCGCUGGCCCGGCUCGGCUCGGCCCGGCCCGGCGCCUGGGGCCCGGCCCCGCUGCGGGAGCAGCUGGCGGCCGCGGGGGCGCAGUUCGGCUGGAGGAACCUGAGCUGCGCGGCCUGCCGCGUCCUCUUCUCCGCCAUCGACCUGGGCGUGCAGAUGCAGUCGAGCGAGGCCCGCCUCGGGCGCCUGGCGGCGAGCGUCUGCACGGAGCUGCGGCUGGCGCGGCGGGAGGUCUGCCAGGACGCCACCCGGCUCUUUGAGAAGGACAUGGUGUCGGCCUGGGUGCGCUCGGUGCUGCGGCCGGCCGAGAUCUGCGGGCUGCUGGUGGGCGCCGGCUGCGGGCACUGGGACAUCCUCUCCGACUGGAACGUGACGCUGCCCGGCACGCCCAAGCCGCCGGUGGAGCCGCCCGCGCCCCCCCCGCCCGGCGCCCCCACCGCCCGCCUGCUCUUCCUCACCGACCUGCACUGGGACCGGGCCUACGCACCGGGCAGCGACCCGGCCUGCAAGGACCCGCUGUGCUGCCGGGGGGGCCGGGCGCAGGGGCCCCCCCAGGCGGGCGCCGGCUACUGGGGCGAGUACAGCAAGUGUGACCUGCCGCUGCACACCAUUGAGAACCUGCUGCAGCACCUGGCGCGCGGCCCCCCCUGGCAGCUGGCCUACUGGACGGGCGACCUGCCCGCCCACAACGUCUGGCAGCAGAGCCGCACCGACCAGCUCCUGGCGCUGCGCACCCUCAGCGCCCUGCUGCGCAAGUACCUGGCGCCCCUGCCCGUCUACCCCGCCGUGGGCAACCACGAGGCCGCGCCGGUCAACGGCUUCCCCCCGCCCUACGUCCACGGCAACCAGUCCUCCGCCUGGCUCUACGGCGCCAUGGCCGAGGCCUGGGAGGACUGGCUGCCCCCCGAGGCGCUGGAGACCCUCAGACUCGGCGGGUUCUACACCCUGCAGCUCCGGCCCGGCCUGCGGCUCGUCUCCCUCAACAUGAAUUUCUGCUCCGAGGCCAAUUUCUGGCUCCUGAUCAACGCCACCGACCCGGCCGGGCAGCUGCAGUGGCUGGUGGGGGUCCUGCAGGCGGCCGAGGGGCGGCAGGAGAAGGUGCACAUCAUCGGGCACAUCCCCCCCGCCCAUUGUAUGAGGAGCUGGAGCUGGAACUAUUACCGCAUCAUCAACAGGUUCGAGGGCACCAUCGCGGCUCAGUUCUUCGGGCACACGCACGUGGACGAGUUUGAGAUGUUCUACGACGAGGAGACGCUCUCGCGCCCCGUCUCCGUGGCCUUCGUGGCCCCCAGCGUCACCACCUACAUCAACCUCAACCCCGGCUACCGCGUCUACCAGCUGGAUGGCGACUACCCCGGCAGCUCCCACAUGGUCCUGGAUCACGAGACCUUCAUCCUGAACCUGACGGAGGCCAACACGCCGGGGGCUGAGCCGCGCUGGCAGCGGCUGUACCGGGCCCGCCAGGCCUACGGGCUGCCCAGCCUCUUCCCGGCCGACUGGGACCGGCUCCUGCGGCGCUUCCAGGCCGACGAGCCGCUCUUCCAGCGCUUCUGGUUCCUCUUCCACAAGGGCCACCCGCCCCGGGAGCCCUGCCGCGAGGCCUGCAAGGCGGCCCUACUCUGCGCCCUGCGCACCGGCCGCUCCGCCGACCCCAGCCUCUGCCACGCCCUGAGCCCCCGCCUGCCCUUCCACCGCGUCCAGGCCCUCUGGCGGCAACGCCGGCUCUGCUGAGCUGGGGGGCGGGGGCCGGGCUGAGCUGGCUGGGGGCUGAGCCGGGCAUGGGGCCGGGGGGGCUGAGCUGGCACUUGGUGGGGGGGACUCCGGCCCCUCAAUAAAAGCGAAGAGAAACACA